AUGUCCGCGGAUUUGGCGCGUCUGUGGCCUCUCGACGCUUCGCCUUUGGACCCGACACGCUCUUCACAUCCGGACUCUACUGAUCGGUUCUACUUCUCUCCCCAUAUUCGACCGCUUUCCCCUGCUCAAGAUGAAUUCUACCCGAACUCAAGGUCUAGGGAAGCCGAAGCGUGUUUGCACUACCUCUACGAUCCCCAGCAAUUUCUUGAUGAUUUCAACCUUCUGGAUCCUCAACAAACUCGACCAAUACUCUUUCCAUCAUCGGACAACCGGAUAUACCCCAGCUCUAUUCCCCCGGCUACCUUCAACUCUCAUCAUCACAUGCUUUCCCUUGACUUUGCUGCUACAACUCUGUUCAAUACGCCUUCUUCGCCCCCCACUUUCGGAUUCCUUUCUCCUACUUCAACUGCCGCUCAACCUCAAACUAUCGAUGCUGAUAUGUCUUCAAGCUCACCUCUGUUCUCUGCUUUCUCAUACAUUCAAGAGGAUUUCUCUAGCUCUCCCUUCGGAUGCCACUUUGAUUUGUCUUUGCCGAACAACCUACUGUAUUGCGAAUCGGACAUAUCUCCCGUCGUCCGUGCGCCUAAAGCACCUCCGGCACUCUCUCAUCAACAAACACCCAAACCUGACGCGAAGUCUAAGAACGGUGGAAAACGGAACAAACGGAACAAACCCGACCCUACCCCAACCUUUAUGGAAAAGCUUCGCUGCGCUCCUGAUCAGUCUGACGUUGUGCCUCUCACCUCCUCGCGGCUGGAAUCUUCAUCCCCUCUUUCGCUUGAUGUUCCUUCCUUACAGUCGCCGUGUAAGCUGAAUUCUCUAGGGGUCUAUCGCGCCAGCAGUCCUCCCGAAGAUCCUGUCGAUUCUGAAGCUGUCUCAGCAAAAGAUCAACCGCCGCAAGUUGAUGGAAGCCUACUAAACCCAAUAACCCCGCUUCGUUUAUCUGACCCUGCAUCCCUGUCUCCGCUGACUCCACUCACUCCAAGCUCUUCACUCGUCCCACGCAUUUCAAUCUCUCUGAAACCCAAACGCCGAUUGGCGGAUGCUUCUUCGCCUCUUAUUCGAAGGAAAAGACUACGCAGCCGUGCGCUCCAGCUACCUGACUCCUCUUCUGAAUCUUCUGCUGCCUCGUCAUCGUCGUCUCCCACAAGUUCUCCCACGCCUUCAUCCUCAAAGUCUGUUAGCAACGUUACCUUCGGCAUGCGCACUCUACCAGCCUCAAUCACAACCGCAUCCAAGUUCCCACUCUUCUAUCGACGCUUCCCGGCAAGCUCCUAUUUCCAGCCUCUAGACGCCGAAUCCCCUUGUACCUUGUUCGACGUCCGCCAUCCAGGGGGAAAUUACAACAUGCCUCGCGGAAGCCUAGACCUUUACACCCCGAGAUUUGUUAAAGGGAGAGGAACAGAGAAGGUGGGAAUGUGCCCCAUCUGCGUCGAGCCGGCCGAGCGGGGCGGCGAGAACAAGAAACUUUGGUUUGCGAUGAAGUUCUCUGCCUUCAAGUGUUACCACAUGCAAUACGCACAUGGAAUUUCGGCGUCCACCGGUCGUCCCUUCUCACCCCCAACGUCCUUCCGCCUCAUUGAGCGCCCAAAACCUGGUAAGAACGAAAAAAGGCACAUCCAGCAAGGAAAAUGUCACAAAUGUGACAAGUGGGUCGCCGUGGAAGGUGUCAAGGACUUGGAAAGCAAGGUAAUGUCGGUGAAGGAACUCCACUGGUGGAAACACGCUGCCUCCUGCCAUCAGGGAUCGACUAUUUCCGGAGAAUGCGAUGUGUACGAGGAUGAUUAUGUUUUUCAAAAGCUCUUAGAACUAGAGAAUUAG